CUGAAGAUGACGCGAACGAAGUGGAUUACCUGCUUGGCGGUGCUUGGUUGGGCCACGGUGGAGGGCGGUUGGGUGGCACCGCCACCCAAUCCCAACGAGGAGAUCAUGAACCGACUGCUGGGCUACAUGGACAACAAGGCGGAUCUCUGCAAGGACUACCAGAAAUAUGCCGGUGGGAAGUACAUGGAGAAGCACGAGGGAGACAACUACAGCGAGCUGUUGGGCGAGAUGCAGUCGAAGGUUGAGGAUCGGUUCGCCACGAUUUUCGAGGCGCUCAGCACCCAGAUCCUCCUCGACCCGGAGAGUGUGGAGGCCAAGGUGCUGCGCUUCUAUCAGACCUGUCGCACGGCCAACGAGACAACCCGCUCGGAAAGGCACUACCUGGAGCUGGUGGAGCCGGACCUGACCUUCACCUGGCCGCAGUUCGCCAGCAGUCGUAGGGCCUGGCCCAAGACCCAGUUCCAAUGGAUGCUGACCCUGGCCCGACUGCGUCGCUUUGGCUUUGAUAACCUGCUGGUCAAGGUGAAUGUGAAACUGGACUAUGUGGACAGCAGCAAGUAUAUGGUGACGAUAGAGAGACCCACUUUCGACUAUUCCACGGACAAGCUGCAGGUCUUUUCCAUGACCAAGAGGCUGUUGAUCCGACUGGGUGUGGACAGUGGUCGAGCCGCCUCUCUGGCCAGGAGUAUCAGACGUUUGGAGAAGGCGAUUAGGGCCCUGGCCAAUGUGGAGGACGAGCCCAACGACGACCUGACCCUGCGCGAACUGGAGGGCCAGAACGGAUUACCCUGGCGAGAGUACCUGCGCAUUGUUUUCGGCCGCACCUUCCCCGAGAACUACGAGGUGCAGAUCGAGAACGUGGACUACUUUGUGGAGCUGAGCAAUCUGUUGAAGACCUACGACUCCGAGGUGAUUGCCACCUAUAUGAUGGCCAAGUUCGCACGCUUUAUGAAGGACACCAGCCAAAGUGACAAGGACAAUGUGGCCUUGGACUGCGUCAAGGAUGUGCGUCUCCACAUGGACUUCGGCAGCAACUUCGUGUACGAGAGCAAGUACUUCAGCCACUAUGACACGGACGUGCAGCAACUUUUCAAUGCCGUGAAAGCUCCACUUCUGGCCAAGAUCGACGCCAACCGACUGAGGCUGAGCCCCAGGCAGCGCGCUUACGUAAAGCAGAAAAUCGAGGCCAUGAAGCUUAACCUGGGAAACAAACCCAAGGAUCAGAAUCACCGCGCAUUUGUGACCAACUUCUACAGGGAUCUGAGUUUGGCCAAGGAUCAGGACUACGCAGCUGCCCAGCUUAAGGUACUGGAGGUCCGGUCAAGCCGUGUCCUGGAGCUGCUGAACCAGCCAGCUGUCAAGGGCAAUAGUUUCUACCACCUGGAGAACACCGUAAUGACCUCCAGUCCAGAACCCUUCUACCUAAAGAGGGUGAACACCAUUGUGCUGCCCACCGACAUUCUGCAGUCGCCCUACUUUGACCCCCAGAGCCACGACAUAUUCAAGGUAAGCUUCCUGGGCUUCAUGCUCGCCCAGAGGCUGAUGGAGGCCCUAAUGCCCGACGAAAUAGUCUACGAUGCCGAUGGGAAUCCCAACGAAUUGCUUGUCGGCCUCGCUGAGAACCAGAACUAUGUGCAGUCCCUAAACUGCCUGAAGAGAAGUCAUACGGAUUACCUGGACCAGAGAGUGGUGGACGUGUCGGCCCUCAACUUGGCCUACGAGACCUACUUCGGAGCGGGUUCCAAGUACAGCCAGGCACAGCCGACCUUCACCAGGCUGCCCCUGCAGCAGGUGUUCUUCCUGAACUACGCCCAGAACCUGAUCGGAGACGAGGAGUACGUGGACUUCAGCUCGGCUUCCACGGACAAGGUUCGACUUCAUCAUACCCUGGCGAAUCUGCCGAGCUUCGGGCAGGCCUACAGCUGUCCUUCGGGGGGCUUGAACCCCUCUUCCAGGUGUGCUGUCUGGUAAUCCCCAUCCCGUGAUCCCACUUGACGAACAUGUUUUAAAUAAAAUAUAUAAUCUAACAGUU